AUGGAUUCCAGUAAAUACAACGAAAUCACACUUAAAGAUUUUAAAUGGACAAAUGAGCCUAAAGAUUGGAAUAUAAAGGAUGAAAGUCUUCAAGUAACGACGGAUGACAAAACUGAUUAUUGGAGAGGAACAUUAAACAAUUUAUUUAACAAUAACGGACAUCUGUUUGCUGUAGAACUCAAGGAUGAUUUUACUUUUACGGUUUGCGUGGAAGCAGACUUCACUCACCUGUACGACCAAGCAGGUCUCAUGAUAUACUUCGACGACAAACAUUGGCUGAAGGCAGGCAUUGAGUACAAUGAUGGACAGCCCAUGGUUGCCAGUGUGCUAACCAAUGAACUAUCUGACUGGGGCACAGGUGUGUUUACGGGCAACCCGCGCAAGUUCUACCUCCGGCUGUCGAGGAAAGGCGACGUGGUGUGUGUGAAGUACUCGGCGGACAAGGAGCUGUGGACGCUGCUGAGACUGUGCCCGCUGCCGGGCUGUACGCGCGGCCCCUGUGUGGUGGGACCCAUGUGCUGCACGCCCACCAGGCAGGGCCUGCAAGUCACCUUCAGCGACAUACGCAUCACUGUGCCCGCAGAUGAUAUCCUGCAUUCUAACUGA